CGGAGUGUCGGUGAAGUCAGCGCUGAGUCCCAGAAAAACAGAGCGGGGCCAGCUGCAGCGUGUAGUGCGAGUGGGGCGGACGCGCGCAGCCCGCCCGCCCGGCGACCAGCAAGGAGUUGGCAUCCUUUGGAAGAGUUCGUGAAAGCUUUCUGCCCAGAGCUCCUGGACCAAUGCAUCUUCCCACCACCUUAAACCACUGAGCAGUUCAGAGCCCCAGUUGCAGACGACUUGUCCUGCCACCACCAUGAGUUCUGAAUGUGAUGGUGGUUCCAAAGCUGUGGUGAAUGGCUUGGCACCUGGCAGCAAUGGGCAAGACAAAGCAACUGCCAACCCUUUACGCGCACGCUCUAUUUCUGCUGUUAAAAUCAUUCCUGUGAAGACAGUGAAAAACGCCUCAGGCCUAGUUCUCCCUACAGACAUGGAUCCUACAAAAAUCUGCACUGGGAAGGGAGCGGUGACUCUCCGGGCCUCGUCUUCCUACAGGGAAACCCCAAGCAGUAGCCCUGCGAGCCCUCAGGAAACCCGGCAACACGAAAGCAAACCAGGUCUGGAGCCAGAGCCUUCUUCAGCAGAUGAGUGGAGGCUUUCUUCCAGUGCUGAUGCCAAUGGAAAUGCCCAGCCCUCUUCACUCGCUGCCAAGGGCUACAGAAGUGUGCAUCCCAACCUUCCUUCUGACAAGUCCCAGGUUCUCUCUCCCCCACGCCCUCCUCUCCCUCAAAAGGACCGCUUUGCAUGGCAGUCCCCCACCAUCCACAAUACCUAUAAGGAUUCCCUCUACCUGAGCUCACCAAAGCCUUAUGUCCCACUCGGCACCCCCAGCCAGCAGAACCCCUCACAACCCCAGCCCAUCUCCGUCCUCCUGGCAGCUGGAUCGGCUCCCAAAGGUGUGGUGCGCCCUGGUUCCUUGCUUCCGGACUCCACGUUCCCCAGUGCUUCAUCCCAACCCCAGCAGCGCUAUGCAGCCACCAGGACAGUUUAUCAUAAGAAUGUGAGCUCUAACCCAUGUCAUGAGGCAGUUGGGAUUAAAAAGGUCAGCAGCUUAUAUGUACCUUGUUUAUCCAAUAACAUUUGCCUGGCGGCGUCAGAAAACUCCUCUCGUGUUGCACGUGACCCUGCCGAAGGCACUCCCUCGGAGGCUGCGGGCACCCGAGCACCGGCUCCCGGCCUUGUCUCCCGCACAGCCGGCACAGGAAAACCACCCCCUGCUCCUCCUCCUGACCCUCCCAAGCUAUUCUUUGACAUCCGUAAAGAUGCCGUUAACCGUGGCGAGAGUCCUUCCCUGGGGACUCAGGCUUCGUUCCCAGAUGUGAGACCACCUGUGCUAGGCCCCCGGGUUACCUCUGAUCCCGAAAACCGGAAGAGCAAAGAAUCUUACCUUUUGCAGCCGAGUUAUCCAGCCAAGGAUGCCACUUCCUCCAGUGCAGCCCAGCCGGAGGUAAUAGUUGUCCCUCUCUACCUGGUUAAUACUGACAGAGGGCAAGAAGGCACUGCCAGACCUCCAACACCUCUGGGGCCUCUUGGCUGCGUCCCCACAAUCCCAGCGACUGCCUCUGCCGCCUCACCUCUGACCUUCCCGACUCUAGAUGAUUUCAUUCCCCCUCAUCUGCAGAGGUGGCCCCACCACAGCCAGCCAGCCCGCGCCUCUGGCUCCUUUGCCCCCAUUAGCCAGACGCCACCAUCCUUCUCACCACCACCUCCGCUGGUCCCUCCUGCCCCGGAGGACCUCCGCAGAGUCUCGGAGCCUGACCUCACGGGAGCUGUUUCGAGUACCGAUUCCAGUCCUCUACUAAAUGAAGUUUCUUCUUCCCUUAUUGGAACUGAUUCCCAAGCCUUUCCACCAGUUAGCAAGCCUUCAUCCGCCUAUCCCUCCACAACGAUUGUCAAUCCUACUAUUGUGCUCUUGCAACACAAUCGAGAACAGCAAAAACGACUCAGUAGCCUUUCAGAUCCUGUCUCAGAAAGAAGAGUGGGAGAGCAGGACUCAGCACCAACCCAGGAAAAACCCACCUCACCUGGCAAGGCUGCUGAAAAAAGAGCAAAGGAUGACAGUAGGCGGGCGGUGAAGAGCACUCAGGACUUAAGCGAUGUUUCCAUGGAUGAAGUGGGCAUCCCACUCCGGAACACUGAGAGAUCAAAAGACUGGUACAAGACUAUGUUUAAACAGAUCCACAAACUGAACAGAGACACUCCUGAAGAAAACCCUUAUUUCCCUACGUACAAAUUCCCUGAACUUCCUGAAAUCCAGCAAACUUCCGAAGAGGACAAUCCUUACACUCCCACCUACCAGUUUCCUGCAUCUACUCCUAGUCCUAAAUCUGAAGAUGAUGAUUCAGAUCUGUACUCUCCCAGAUACUCGUUUUCUGAAGACACAAAAUCUCCCCUUUCUGUGCCUCGCUCAAAAAGUGAGAUGAGCUACAUUGAUGGUGAGAAGGUAGUCAAGAGGUCGGCCACACUACCCCUCCCAGCCCGCUCUUCCUCACUGAAGUCAAGCUCAGAAAGAAAUGACUGGGAACCCCCAGAUAAGAAAGUAGAUACAAGAAAAUAUCGUGCAGAGCCCAAAAGCAUUUACGAAUAUCAGCCGGGCAAGUCUUCCGUUCUGACCAACGAAAAGAUGAGUCGGGAUAUAAGCCCAGAAGAGAUAGAUUUAAAGAAUGAACCUUGGUAUAAAUUCUUUUCGGAAUUGGAGUUUGGGAAACCGCCUCCCAAAAAGAUAUGGGAUUAUACUCCUGGAGACUGCUCUAUCCUUCCUAGAGAGGAUAGAAAGACUAAUCUAGACAAAGAUCUCAGCCUCUGCCAGACAGAGUUAGAGGCAGAUUUAGAAAAAAUGGAGACGCUUAAUAAAGCACCCAGUGCAAACGUGCCACAGAGCUCAGCCAUCAGCCCUACUCCGGAAAUUUCUUCAGAGACUCCUGGAUAUAUAUAUUCUUCCAACUUCCAUGCAGUGAAGAGGGAAUCAGACGGGGCUCCUGGGGAUCUCACUAGCUUGGAGAAUGAGAGACAAAUUUAUAAAAGUGUCUUGGAAGGUGGUGACAUCCCUCUUCAGGGCCUGAGUGGGCUCAAGCGACCAUCCAGCUCUGCUUCCACUAAAGUGGAUCGUAAAGGUGGGAAUGCUCACAUGAUUUCUUCAUCUUCAGUCCAUAGCCGAACGUUUAACACUAGCAAUGCGUUAGGCCCUGUGUGUAAGCACAAGAAGCCCCUGUCAGCUGCGAAGGCCUGCAUUUCGGAAAUCCUUCCUUCCAAAUUCAAACCCAGGCUCUCUGCUCCCAGCGCUCUUUUGCAGGAACAGAAGAGUAUCCUCUUGCCCUCAGAGAAGGCUCAAAGCUGUGAGAACCUUUGUGUUUCUGGUUCUUUAAAUGAUUCCAAAAGAGGCCUCCCCCUCCAAGUGGGAGGGAGCAUUGAGAACCUGCUCAUGCGCUCCCGACGGGAUUAUGACAGCAAGUCGAGCAGUACCAUGAGCCUCCAGGAGUACAGCACCAGCGGCAGGAGGCCCUGUCCUCUCUCAAGAAAGGCUGGGAUGCAGUUCACCAUGCUUUAUCGGGACAUGCACCAGAUCAACCGAUCUGGCCUCUUCCUGGGCUCCAUCUCCUCCUCCUCGAGUGUGCGGGAUCUUGCCUCCCACUUUGAAAAGAGUAGCCUGGCAUUGUCCAGGGGUGAGCUGGGCCCCAGCCAGGAGGGCUCGGAACACAUCCCCAAGCACACCGUCUCUUCCCGCAUCACCGCUUUUGAGCAGCUGAUUCAGCGGUCCCGUUCCAUGCCAUCCCUGGACCUGUCCGGAAGGCUGAGCAAGUCUCCCACACCUGUGCUGUCCCGGGGCAGCCUGACCUCAGCCCGCUCGGCCGAGUCCCUACUUGAGUCAACCAAGCUCCGUCCCAAGGAGAUGGAUGGGAUGAACUCCAGUGGGGUCUAUGCUUCCCCAACAUGUAGCAAUAUGGCACACCAUGCCUUGAGCUUCAGGGGCCUUGUGCCUUCUGAGCCUCUCUCCACCUGCUCUGAUGACGUGGACCGCUGUUCAAAUAUCUCCACUGACAGCAGAGAAGGCAGUGGCGGCAGUGUUCAUGGAGAUUUCCCCAAACAUCGCCUCAACAAGUGCAAGGGCACCUGCCCGGCCUCAUACACCCGCUUCACCACCAUCCGGAAGCAUGAGCAGCAGCAGACCUCUAGACAGCCUGAGUGGCGCCUGGAUGCCAGAGGGGACAAGAGCACCCUCCUCAGGAACAUCUACCUAAUGAGCCCCCUUCCUUUCCGGCUGAAAAAGCCCCUCCACCACCACCCCAGACAACCUUCCCCUGGUGACUCCUCAGGCCUCCUGGUGGGCCAGAAGCCAGACCUCCCCAGUCAGCCCCAUCAGGACCAGCCCCCUUCUGGGGGGAAGCCCGUGGUUCCCACACGCCUGUCUUCCCGACACACCAUGGCCAGGCUUAGCUGCAGCUCAGAGCCCUCUCAGGAGAGACUCACGGCCCUGGAGGACUACCCAAGGGCCAUUAAUAAUGGAAACUCCGUGCCAUACUCAGACCACAGCCUGGACAGGAACAACAACCCACAAAGUGAACUGGCACCAUCCCGUGGAGAUUCAGAAUCGCCAAGACAUUUUAUACCAGCUGAUUACUUGGAAUCCACGGAAGAAUUUAUUCGAAGACGUCAUGAUGAUAAAGAGAAACUUUUAGCGGACCAGAGACGACUUAAGCGCGAGCAAGAAGAGGCUGAUAUUGCAGCUCGACGCCACACAGGCGUCAUUCCGACGCACCAUCAGUUUAUCACUAAUGAGCGCUUUGGGGACCUCCUCAAUAUAGACGAUACUGCAAAAAGGAAAUCUGGGUCAGAGAUGAGACCUGCCAGAGCCAAAUUUGACUUUAAAGCUCAGACACUAAAGGAGCUUCCUCUGCAGAAGGGAGAUAUUGUUUACAUUUAUAAGCAAAUUGAUCAGAACUGGUAUGAAGGAGAACACCACGGCCGGGUGGGAAUCUUCCCACGCACCUACAUCGAGCUCCUUCCUCCUGCUGAGAAGGCACAGCCCAAAAAGUUGACACCAGUGCAGGUUUUGGAAUAUGGAGAAGCUAUUGCUAAGUUUAACUUUAAUGGUGAUACACAAGUAGAAAUGUCCUUCAGAAAGGGUGAGAGGAUCACACUGCUCCGGCAGGUAGAUGAGAACUGGUACGAAGGGAGGAUCCCGGGGACAUCCCGACAAGGCAUCUUCCCCAUCACCUACGUGGAUGUGAUCAAGCGACCACUGGUGAAAAACCCUGUGGAUUACAUGGACCUGCCUUUCUCCUCCUCCCCAAGUCGCAGUGCCACUGCAAGCCCACAGUUUUCCAGUCACAGCAAGCUCAUCACGCCAGCCCCCUCAUCUCUGCCCCACUCCCGCCGAGCCCUGUCCCCCGAGAUGCACGCUGUCACCUCUGAGUGGAUCUCACUGACGGUGGGGGUCCCAGGCAGGCGUUCUCUGGCCCUGACCCCACCCUUGCCUCCUCUGCCAGAGGCUUCUAUCUAUAACACUGACCACCUCGCCUUGUCACCGAGGGCCAGUCCCUCCCUGUCUCUCAGCCUCCCCCAUUUGAGUUGGUCAGAUCGUCCCUCCCCACGAUCAGUAGCUUCUCCACUGGCCCUACCUUCCCCACACAAAACCUACUCCCUAGCACCCACUUCCCAGGCCUCCCUUCACAUGAAUGGAGACGGUGGUGUCCACACGCCAUCUUCAGGCAUCCACCAAGAUAGCUUCUUGCAGCUGCCGUUGGGGAGCUCUGAUAGUGUCAUCUCCCAGCUUAGUGAUGCCUUUAGCAGCCAGAGCAAGAGGCAGCCAUGGCGCGAAGAGAGUGGACAAUAUGAGAGGAAAGCAGAGAGGGGGGCAGGCGAAAGAGGCCCUGGUGGACCCAAGAUCUCUAAGAAGAGCUGCUUGAAGCCUUCAGACGUGGUCAGGUGCCUGAGUACUGAACAGAGACUCUCAGAUCUCAACACCCCUGAGGAGAGCCGGCCCGGCAAGCCCCUGGGUAGCGCUUUUCCAGGAAGUGAGGCUGAGCAGACAGAGCGGCAUAGAGGUGGCGAGCAGGCGGGGAGGAAAGCUGCUCGGAGAGGUGGGAGCCAGCUUUCUCAUCAUUCAUUGAGAGCAGGACCAGAUCUCACAGAAUCUGAAAAGAGCUAUGUGGAAGCGGUUUGCAAUGAGAUCAUAAACAUUGCCGAAAAAUCUGUUCAUUACUGCAGCACUGUUUCUCAUCCCCUUGACUUUCAUCACAAGGUAUCCCCUUCUGACAAUAAAUCAUCUUUAAUCAUUUCUCAGCAACCUCAAGCCCAGCAGCGAAGAGUCACCCCCGACAGGAGUCAAACCUCACAAGAUUUAUUUAGCUAUCAAGCAUUAUAUAGCUAUAUACCACAGAAUGAUGAUGAGCUGGAACUCCGCGAUGGAGAUAUCGUUGAUGUCAUGGAAAAAUGUGACGAUGGAUGGUUUGUUGGUACUUCAAGAAGGACAAGGCAGUUUGGUACUUUUCCAGGCAACUAUGUAAAACCUUUGUAUCUAUAAGAAGACUGAAAACCAUGGAGAUUAUUUUUAUUGGAGGAGGAAGCAUCAUUCAUGAACCGAUCUUUUUAGUUGAGUCAGUAGGAAAAUUAAUACAGUGGAUAAAGUAAGAAGCAAAAGACAGGGACAGAGAAGUGUUGUGUUUAAAACCCAAGCCUGUCUAAGGUUACUGUGUAUUAGACAGGGCCGAACUAGUGUGCUGAGCAAAAAGAAUUGAAGCAAAUUGUAUUUACUUAGCCGCUUCUGGGAGCCACUUAAGCCUUUCCCCUCCCCUCCACCUCUUGGGUAAUCUGACCUGAAGCAUAGUCCAGGAGCAGAGUUAGCCAGAAAUGCCUCCUGCUGCCCCAGCCUUAGAGAGCUCCCAUCUCAAUCAUUGAGCCUGAAGGCUUCAAGCCCAAGAAUGCAACAAGACCCCCAGCCUACAUUUCUCAGCUCCCCUGGAGCCAGCUGAUCCUGUAACGCUGCUGGAGGUCAGUCUGAGCUACCAAGACUGUCCCUAGACAAAGGUGGAGUCCCCCACACUGCCCAAGACCAAAUCCCUCACUCAACCUGCUGAGGUGUGGAUGGGGAAACGGAGGCAAAACUGAGGCACCUGAUGCAUUCAGCCUGCUGUGCAGCAGUGCCAUUGACUGCCCUGAUGUUCAGAGAGAAACGCACACAAGGUUUGCCCAUGAGAAUUCGGGAGCAGACGGCCAAGCAGAUAGGUUAUGUCUGUUUUCUGAGUGAUGAAGUCAGGAAGCCCUGUGGCUCUGGAGGCCACUUGUGGUUCAUUCUUUUCCCAUAUCCUUGGCUUUUAGAAAUGGUUACCUUCAGGACAGUGCAGCUGCAUUUAUCAGAGCACUAUUGCUAAGUUUUCUUUUCUGGCUUGUGUUUGUUUGGGACAGUUUAGAAUUGGGAGGCCUAUUCUCAUAGAACACCAAAAAUGAUGUUCAGUGAUUCAUUUAACAUACACCAAUGUACUCUGGCUGCUGGGGGGACAACCAUAAGCAAGACAUGCCCAGGGUUUGCCGUGGCUCCAGAUCUACUCCCUGUAGGAGUUCAAGGAUCACACAAACGGUAGUAACCAGGGUUGUGAAUCUGAGUACACCCUGGCAAGGCUUCUCUUCAGACUGAAGCAGCAAUUCUGCCACUACCAGCAGCAACCAGGACGUCUGUUCUUUGUGGGGGCCAGAUCCGAAGAGAGAGGCCCCUGUGACGCCCGGGCUGCUUGGUCACAACUCUGUCCAAUUCAAGGAUGUUUAUCGGCCUCUCUUAGAUCCUGAGUGAGACAAAUACAGAAAUGACCCAUUCCCUGCCCACCAGAAACUCAGAGGUGAUUGGGGAGACUGACACAGGAAAACGAACUUAAUCAAGAGAGACUGUGAUAUGUGCUAAGAAGGGUGCGAGGGAGGGAGAGAUGAAUUUUCCCUGGAGGGAUCCUAGAAAGCAUUGUCAUAUUGCCAUCUCCAUUAGCUCACUUUUAAACAACUAGGGUGCUGGAAGAACCUUUGUCUGAGGGUAGUUCAUAGCUGGAAAUACUUGGAAUAUUUUCCAGAGUCUCUAAACUCUCAUCUUCCCCCACAGAUACACAUCCAAGCUCACAAAUAGGAGUAGCAAUUCUAGGUGGUAGGGUUGUGUACGGAACCCCUGGCUGUCUGCAUAUAUCUCAGAAUUACCCCAGGACCACUGUCCCAAAGUCUAGAGUCUUUACAGGUAGGCAAAAUUUGUUUUCAAUGCCUGUGCCUCAGCUGCUGUCACAAAUACCCAUCUUAGGAUCCCAUCAGCUUCCCAUCCCCCACCAGACAGCCACAGUACCCUCACUUUCUCCCUAUUGUUCUUUCAAAUCCUGUUCUCAGGAAAGAAACUGCCACUAAUUCAUUCACACUAAGGUGUAAAUGGUUGAUAAUAGGAAUGAGUUACCUCUUCCCACAGACAUUUGUUUUUAAGUAUGACAGAGCAGGGCCUUAAUCCCAAGGGAAAAGGUUAUGGAACUGGAGGGGGUGAGCUUUCUGGGUAGAAGGAGACUUCCUGAAUGUCCUUAAAACCCAGUAAGAGUAAGGCCUGUUGUUUUGGAAGGUCUGCUCCACCAUCUAAGAGCACUGGUUUUUUUUGCUGUUGUUGUUGUUUUUUUACUGUCUCUGAGGGAAUAUAGUAAAAAUGCAUAUGCACGUGCAAUUUGCACGGCAGCAUUUCACCGAUUUUGGACUGUAUUGGCUAAUGUGUUUCCUGGUCUUUAGAUGCAAACCAUUAAUAACACUAUCUUAUCUCAUAGUUUUUUCAGGGGUGCUUCUUGAUUAGUAGGUAAUUUUGAACACCUCUUUAAAUACAGCUAGAAAAUAAAACCAAUUUGUAAAGCCACAUUUGCAUAUGAUGCCAGCCUCACGCAUUUGUAUAUCUCCAGAAAUUCAGGUAUGCCUCACCAAUUUGCCCGUCUUUAAUAAAAUCUUGUGUUAAAAUUUGCAUCACGUCGCCUUCCUAUGUAUGACGAAACAAGAAACAGAGAUUUCCAAUUGCUCUUUUGUCUUCAGACAUUUAGUAAUAUAAAGUACCUAUUUUUAUGCUGAAAUGUUUAUACAGGUUUAUUAAUAGCAAGUGCAACUAACUGGCGGCAUGCCUUGCAACACAUUUUGAUAUAUUAGCCAUGCUUCCGGGUAAAGGCAAGCCCCAAACUCCUUAUCUUUUGCAGUCUCUCUGGGAUCAGUAAAAGAAAAAAAAAAUAAUGUGCUUAAGAAGUGGGACUGUAAAUAUGUAUAUUUAACUUUGUAUAGCCCAUGUACCUACCUUGUAUAGAAAAAUAAUUUUAAAAAUUUGAGUGGAAGGGGGUAAAGGAAGUCAUGAAGUUUUUUUUGCAUUUUUAUUUAAAUGAAGGAAUUCCAAAUAACUCAUCUACAGAUUUUUAGCACAAAAAUAGCCAUUGUAAAGUGUUAAAAUUUACGAUAAGUAUUCUAUUGGGGAGGAAAGGUAACUAUGAUCUCAGUUACAGUUUUUUUUUCCUUUUUAAUUUCAUUAUUUUGGGUUUUUGGUUUUUGCAGUCCUAUUUAUCUGCAGUCGUAUUAAGUCCUAUUGCUAGAAUAGGUUACUACAAAAAAGAUUAUAUUCUGAAAGAAAAAUAACUGACAUUAUAUAUAACCAAUUAAUUUAAAGUAUUGCCAUUUAAAUUACACACUGAGAGCAUGUCCUAUGCAGACAUAGAUUUUUCUGUUCAUUUAUUUUUCUUCAUUGCAGUGGAUUGAUUUGAUAAAUAGAUGUGUUGAAUUACUACAUUUGCUGUACAUAUUAUUUAAUAAACUUUAUUCAGAAUUGCGUGGCA